GUCACAUUGCCAUACCAGUGAAUUUGUGAAAACAUACUUAUUCAACUUUUCCCUCAGUGCAUUUAUUAUUUUCCUUUUUUCUUCCCUGUGACCACCGGUGUUCUGCAUCCAUCUGUUAGUGGUAGUUUUGGCAGUGCCCUAUCAGAACGAGUGCCAAAUCAAAAGCACCUGUUGCAAGACUCUUCCACUCUUUGCCAAAACCAUAAACAAACACGCCACACCAACUGCCAGUUUUGUCUUUCAAAGAAAAAUAAGACAUCACCCCAUGCAACUUUGAAGAAUAGGCGACAGAAGCCCAGGCCCUUGUUCAGAGAUGUUUCCAACAGCUCUUCCUACUCGAAAGCGUCGGCGGCCUGAAGUUGCCUUCACUCGGGGUCACGAGGAGGUGAAGUUCAGGGAUGUGACUCUGUACCUGGUGGAGAGGAGGAUGGGAAAAAGCAGGAGGAAUUUUCUGUCUAAUCUCGCAAGAUCUAAGGGCUUCUGCGUAGACGACGCUCUCAGCACUGAUGUGACGCACGUCGUGUCGGAGGGGAACGCGGCGCAGGAGCUGUGGAGCUGGCUCGAGGAGCAGGGCUUUAGAGAGAUGCAUGAUAAACAUGUGCUGCACAUCAGCUGGUUUACUGAGAGCAUGAGCGCAGGCCGGCCCGUGCCUGUGCAAACCAGACAUUACAUACAAAAUCCCGCUGUGGAUCAGAGGUCGUGUGCACAUCCGUCAGCCAAACCGGAGUCUGCUGUGUCUCCGUAUGCUUGCCAGAGACGAACGACAUUGAACAACCACAAUAAGAUCUUUACAGAUGCGUUGGAGGUCCUGGCGGAGAACCUGGAGUUCUCUGGGAAUCAGGGGCCGAGCCUGGCGUUCCGGAGGGCCGCGUCCGUGCUCAAGAGCCUCCCCGCUGCCCUGCGACGCCUGGAGGAGACGCAGCUCCUGCCCUGCCUGGGAGAACAUAGCAGGGCCAUCAUAGAGGAGAUCUCUGAAUGCGGAUCGUCUUCCAGAGUUGAGGAGAUACUGAAUGAUGAGAGGUAUCGGACUAUGAAGUUGUUCAGCAGUGUCUUCGGGGUUGGACUCAAGACGGCAGAGAGCUGGUUCUGUAGAGGACUGCGGACGUUUGAACAGGUGCUGAGUGAACCCAGCAUCAGACUGAACCGCAUGCAGACCGCAGGGUUCUUGUUUUAUGAGGACAUCAGUAAGCCGGUGAGCAGGACAGAGGCCAGCGCUCUGAAGAUUAUAGUGGAGGAAGCUGUCAUCUGUGUCAACCCAUCCGCCACCGUCAGCAUCACAGGAGGAUUCCGCAGGCUCGCCGAUGGUGAUGAGCAUUAUGAGAAGAGAGGCACCCGACUGCUUUAA